AUGCAGAUAUUUGUGAAGACACUCACUGGGAAGACAAUUACCCUGGAAGUAGAGCCAAGUGACUCAAUAGAGAAUGUCAAGGCAAAGAUACAGGAUAAAGAAGGAAUACCACCCGACCAACAGAGAUUAAUCUUUGCAGGGAAGCAGCUGGAAGAUGGAAGGACUCUUUCUGACUACAACAUACAGAAGGAGAGUACUAUUCAUCUUGUACUGCGGCUGAGAGGGGGGAGUGUGUUUUAG